AUGUCGACUAGCGGCGUUGUCUCACCAUUUCGGAUCUCCAGGAAGGAUGGAGAGAAGCUUGAUCGCAAUGAGGCAUUUAUAACGGUUCGAGAGCACCUGAGGCGCCAAGAUAUGGGCAUGGAUGCCCCGAGCUUCUGCUCCCACCAUCGCCAUUCUUGCUCCGAUCAAGACAAGGAGUCCUUCCGUCUGCAUCGCGAUAUUAUCCACACCCUCUUACUCCCUUUGUUUCUGCUUCACCACCAAGCCUCCCGCGUCGCCGCCAGGGCACUACCCAGCCACAAGGGAGCGGAGUCGGAGCGGGCAUUUCGAGGGGAAGCACGCAGUGCUUAUGCCUGGCUUCAAUGCAUCCUCACCGAGGAGCAUGAUUGGUACCUGACCGAACGAUGCCCCGCUUGCAUCGUCCUGCACGUCUUACAUUCCGAGCCGACGAUUCGUUUUGUAGCCGUGGCUUGCCUUCUGUCCGACCACCUACAAGGCCUGGACCUGCUUCACGGGAAAACUCGGUUGCCUAGCUUCGACUUUUGGCUUGAGGCACUAGAAACAGCUGUUCGUGAAGAUCCUUUCUGGGGCCAUGAUUUCUGGCCCGACAUCGAGUACCGUGCAUGUGCUUUGACCGACGGCGUCAAGCAGCUGGUGCUGCAGUGCCUGGAACUCCGAUCUGCGUUGGAUCGGCAAAGCCACCAAUCCCAAACAUAUGAUUCCUGUGCUCACUUCCGUCGUGAGUCGUCGCGGCAAUCAAACCACCCAAUUAUGAUGAAGCCGUCUGCUGCUACAUCACGAAUGACUGGAGAAGAGCAGAAGAUCUUCUCCAAGGUUGCGGGUAGCCGUUGCAUGACAUCGUAUUGGCAAGAUCGGCCACAAAGAUUCCAUGCUCGCAGACACGGCGAUCCCCGCAGAAGAUCGGAAUUCUACGCGACGUCAUCGCCGUUCGAAGAGAAGAUUGGCUAUUACCGAGCUGUCCGGCAUGGACGACAAAUCUUCGUUUCUGGUACUACAGCCGUCGACCCUGCGUCCCCAAGCGAUGCCCCUCAAAUUCUCUUUCCUGGGGACGCCCGUCAGCAGACACGCGUGGCUUUGCAAGAAUGCAUUCGGGCAGUUCAAGCCCUGGGCGGCAAAGGAGCAGAGAAUGUGGUGCGUGUGAGGAUGUUUGUCAGUCAACACAAAGAUUGUGGAGCUGUUGGGGAAGGAUACACUGAGGUGCUGGGGCGUGCAAGCCAGCCGGGGGUAGGCGCGGCUGCAACUAUGGUUGUAGUGAACGGAUUCGUGGAUGAGAGAAUGUUAGUUGAAGUUGAGGUUGAUGCGAUCUUGGAGGAUUGA